GUUUCUUAGCCGUCAUCGUUCACCACUUUUUCUGCAUUGCGCGACCGCAUACGCACACACUGCUACUGCCCACGUUAUCUUUUCGAAGUCGCAUCACUCUGUACAGCCACACACAACGUUAUAGAAACAUCACGGUUCCAGCCAAUCCGUUUAUUGGCCUGCGUGUCGCAUCGCUGACUCUCGUGGGCUCACCACAAUGUCUGAACCCAUCCCCGAAUCAAUACCCACAUCCGCCGACCCGCGCUCCCAGCGCCCAACGAAGAAGCGCGCGCUUACCCCCCGCUCAGCGCAAGCCUCAGAAGUUGAGGCUCUCUUUGCGAAGCCUGAUCGCGAUAUCUACAUCCCAGGCUCCAGCGCACUAGCCAAGUCAUCUCUACCCCCAGAAAUCGUCGCCAAUGUACAGGGAUCUAGUGCAGGUGCGGGAAGUGGCGAGUUCCACGUCUACAAGGCGAGUCGGAGGCGCGAGUAUGAGAGGCUGAGAAUGAUGGACGAGGAGGUGAAGAAGGAGGAGGACGAGAAGGAGUUCGCCAAGCGGAAGGAGGAGCAAGAAAAGAAAGACAAGGAGAAGACGGAGAAGAACCGCCUGAAGAGGGAGAAGGCGCGACAGAGAAAAGAGAAAGCCAAGAAGGGUGGAAAGGGCGGAACAGGCAGCGAGGGAGAUGGGACGCCGGUUGCAGAGGACGGCAAGACCAAGAAAAAGUUGGCGCCGAACGCGAAUGUGCUCAAGACUGGCACCGACGAAGAGGCAGACACAAACAACGAAGGUGGAGAGGUCAAGAAUGCGGAAGAGAUUGGACUAGUCAUCGAAGACGACGAUUGAGGGGAGUUUACACAAUUCGGAAGAAUGGCUACAGGAGAGGACAAUAGCAAUUUCAUUUCCGAAAAGCCUUGUUAAGAGCUGAUGGAGAUACUCGUCACAUUUGGGUCAAAAAAGGUGCGAUGACAUGGAUUUCUCACAAGUCUUGGUGCUAACGCUGAGUACAAAAGACU